AUGGUUUCAGACCCAAUCCUGCCCAAGAAGGGCGAGCGUAAUAUUCUGAUCACAAGCGCACUGCCAUACGUGAACAAUGUUCCCCAUCUGGGCAACGUCGUCGGCUCAGUGCUGAGUGCUGAUGUCUUCUCGAGGUAUAUGAGUCACGCAAAUCCCCCCUCGCCAGAAUUGAAAAGCUUACAAUAUGAUAGAUACCACAAAGCCUGCGGCCGGCCUACUCUCUACAUCUGUGGAACAGACGAAUACGGUACAGCAACAGAAACAAAGGCGCUGGAGGAGAAGGUGUCGCCGGAGGAGCUUUGCGCCAAGUACAACAAGAUCCAUCAAGAGGUCUACGAAUGGUUCGAGAUCGGAUUUGACCACUUUGGCCGCACCCCAACGGAGAAGCACACCGAGAUUUCCCAGGCAAUCUUUAAGAGGCUCAACGAGAAUGGCUUCCUAGCACAGCGCACCACCGAGCAACCUUUCUGUGAACAACAUGGCUCCUUCUUAGCGGACCGAUACGUCGAGGGCGAAUGCCCCCUCUGCCACUAUGACGAUGCGCGCGGUGACCAGUGUGAUAAGUGCGGUCACGUUCUAGAUCCAUUUGAGCUGAUCAAGCCUCGAUGCAAACUGGACGGCGCUACCCCGGUGCGACGAGAAACUACACACAUCUACCUGCUGCUGGAUAAGCUUCAACCGGAGGUUGAGAAGUGGACCGCAGAAUCGAUUGCCAAAGGCGAGUGGCCCAAGAACUCCAAGGUUAUCACCGAGUCCUGGUUAAAGGAAGGACUGAAGGACCGUGGAAUCACUCGCGACCUGAAGUGGGGUGUCCCGUCCCGCUGGAGGGUUUCGAGCAGAAGGUGCUACUGGGAGCUGUGGUGGCGCAACCCGGAGGAUGUGCAGCUAUAUCAAUUCCUGGGCAAGGACAACGUGCCUUUCCACAGUGUGAUUUUCCCUGCCACUCAGAUCGGCACCCGCGACAAAUGGACCAUGAACCACCAUCUGAAUGCGACCGAGUACUUAAACUACGAGGGAGGCAAGUUCAGCAAGUCUCGUGGAGUCGGAGUGUUCGGUACCAACGCGAAGGAGACUGGGGUGCCCCCAGAUGUCUGGCGAUACUACCUGCUGAAGAACCGCCCCGAGACCAGCGACACGCAGUUCGAGUGGCGCUCCUUCGUGGAGUCUAACAACAGCGAGCUUCUGGCCAAGUUCGGCAACCUCGUCAAUCGGGUUAUCAAGCUUGUCGCCGCUUCAUACGGCUCCGUGGUCCCCGAGUUCACCAUCCCCGACACCGAACUCUUCACUUCCUUCAACAAUGAAGUCACCACUCUCUUGCGCCAGUACAUCCAGGAGAUGGAGAGCGUGAGCCUGCGCGCCGGCGUGACCACCGCCAUGCGCAUUGCCGAGGCCGGUAACGGUCUAAUCCAGGCCAACCGCCUCGACAACGCGUUGAUUGCCAAUGAACCCGAGCUCGCCGCCGCGGUUGUCGGCUCCAUCCUGAACUUGAUCCACCUGCUGUCCGCCAUCUUCUCGCCCUAUAUGCCCACGACCUCCAAAUCCAUCUUGGCCCAGCUGAACGCACCCGUGCUUCUGAUCCCCACUCUCGAGGGGGGCCACAAGAUUGGCAAGGCCGCCUAUCUGUUCUCUCGCAUUGACCCCAAGAAGGCCGAUGAAUGGCGUGAAACAUUCGGUGGUUCGCAGGCUGACCGUGCGAAGAAGGCCGCUGAGGAUGCUGCCAUCGCUGCUAAGAAAGCUGCCGACAAGGCCAAGAAGAAGGCCAAGAAGCAGCAGAAGAAGGCUGGCGGAGAGGGAGGCGCCGCCGGAGAGGUUGAGCAGGUCACCGAGGGUGUUUCGUCUAUUAACCUCCCUCCUGCCUAA